AGGAGGCGCUGCCCGCAGAAGCGAGCAGCUCCACAGCGGCAAAAGUUUUCCCCUCAACUAUCGCGGACGACCCGAAGGAGGCAGGACCGGGAGAGAUGGCAACUCAAGCGCAGCAGCCGCCCAAACUGGAUCUGGCCGAGCUCACCGCGGAGCAGUUCAUCAACAUCUGGAAGCAAUUUGACGCAGACGGAAAUGGUUACAUUGAGGGGAAGGAGCUGGAGCGCUUCUUCAAAGAGCUGGAGACUGCGAGACAAGGAGCAGGCGUGGAUCCCUCACACGCUGCAUUCAAAGAAAAGAUGAAGGACUUCAUGGCCAACAUCGACAAGAAUGCUGAUGGGAGAAUUGAGAUGUCAGAGCUGGCUCAGAUUCUGCCGACAGAAGAAAAUUUCCUGCUCUGCUUCAGAGAAUUCGUCGGAUCCAGCUCUCAGUUCAUGGCAGCCUGGCGGAGGUAUGACACCGACCGCAGUGGAUAUAUUGAGUCAAACGAGCUGGAGGGUUUUCUGUCCGACCUGCUGAUGAGGGCGAACAGACAUUACGAUCAAAAGAAGAUGAAUGACUACACGAAAACCAUUCUCAGGAUGUUUGAUCUGAAUGGGGAUGGUAAGCUGGGCUUGUCUGAGAUGGCACGGCUCCUGCCCAAUGACGAAAAUUUCGUUGUGAAGUUCCAGGGUAUCAAGCUCACCGUGAAAGAAUUCGAAUCCCUCUUCAAGUUCUACGAUAAGGACGGUAACGGGCAUAUUGAUGAGCAGGAGCUUGAGGCUCUGCUGAAGGACCUCUGUGACAAGAAAAAAAUGGACGUGGACUCCACAGGACUGGGCGACUACAAGAAGAGCAUCAUGGCUCUCUCUGACGGAGGGAAGCUGUACCGCGCCGAGUUGGAGAUCGUCCUGUGCCGGGACUCCGCGCUGUGACGGCCCCGCCUGGGAUCCUUCCAUUUCCCCUCCUGCUUCCUUCGUCCUACCUCCUGAUGUAACCUGGUGCAUGUGUGACCCUUAACCUCGCUACAACACUUAGAGUGAAGACGAAAGUGCUUGGAAUGCACAAAGUGUACCGCUGGCCCUGCUGUUUUAGCUUUGUUUUCCUCUUGAGUUUUUUUUUCUUUCUUCUUUUUUUUUAACAUGCAGUUUUGUGGUGAUAUAGCCAUAGUAAUGACUACAGUUAUAAAUUGUGUAUUUAUUUAAUUAAAUUACCAUUUUUAUGAUGCAUUUGUAUUUCAAAAUCAACCAAUUAAAUUAAUGAAUAAAUUACUGAUCAUAUGUUCCUUUCCCUCUGAAAUGUCUUCUUCUGCUGUCUAUUUUAUUUAUUUAACUUUGAUUUAUUAUGGGCUUGUUUUAUUUGAUGAGGCUUGUACUGUUCUAUUAAAGAUAUUACUGAGAGAAUGAAUAAAUAUAACAUGGCAA